CGGAGCGAGGAGAAUUGGAGAGGGAGAAGCAGAAGCAGAGCUGCUUGGGACGCCAAUGCAGCCUGGCGCGGGCGAGAAAGGAGCGAGCCGGCGCAUCCCUUUAACUCAGGGGCGAGCGUGGGAAGCCCGAGUCUUCCGCCGCCGCCGCCGCCCUAUGCAAGGUCUCCCUGCCCCACGCAGCCAGAAUUGAAAACUAAAUAAAAAGAAAGGAAGGAUCCAAGAUGGAUAAAUAUAAAGCUCUGGAGCAACUGCUUACAGAACUUGAAGAUUUUCUGAAGAUACUGGACAAGGAGAACCUCAGCAGCACUGCCGUUGUGAAAAAGAGCUUCCUCGCUGACCUCCUUAGGCUGUGCACGAAAUCAAGUGGUGGUGAUGAGGAAUACAUUUACAUGAACAAAGUCACCAUCAAUAAGCAACACGGUGAACCAGAGAAACCAGACGAAGUGUUGGGUCACAGAGACUCCUUGACCAAUGGGGAAGUGGAACAGCAUUUGUCUCCACCUCAGAAGAGUUUGCCAGACCUCCCACCUUCAAAAAUAAUUUCAGAAGCAAAGCAACUUUCAGGAUCCAAAACUGAGUCUCCAGAAGGAUACUAUGAAGAAGCUGAGCCCUUUGGUGCCUCACUGAUCGGUCUUUAUGGUAGGCUUGCAGCUACUGGAUCCAGACCAGGGUUGCAGGUCGCUGAGGGAGUAAUAUAUGCCACAAUAACUAUGGAUGAUGGGGAAGCAGUCAGCAGCUCCUAUGAAUCCUAUGAUGAAGAAGAGAGCAGCAAAGGCAAGUCAGCCCCUCACCAAUGGCCUUCCCCUGAAGCUUCCAUUGAACUCAUGAAAGAUGCCCGGAUCUGUGCUUUUCUUUGGAGAAAAAAAUGGCUGGGCCAGUGGGCCAAGCAGCUCUGCGUCAUUAAGGACAGCAGAUUGUUGUGCUACAAGUCUUCCAAGGACCAAAAUCCCCAGCUGGAUGUUAAUUUGUUGGGGUGCAGUGUCAUCCACAAGGAAAAGAACGUGAGGAAGCAGGAACAUAAGCUGAAGAUCAUCCCCAUGAACUCAGAUGUCAUUGUGCUGGGCUUGCAGAGUAAAGACCAGGCAGAGCAGUGGCUCAGGGUGAUCCAGGAGACAAGCGGUCUCUAUCCAGAUGGGCAGGGGGAAGGCAACCAGUAUGUCCCAGACUCCCAGAGACUUAGCUAUCCCAAGGUGGAGACGUCUGAGAGAUACUCAGCGGCAUCAGAAAGUGGAAGCAGCACUGAUGGUCACACAGAACUGACAGAAACCAAAGACGUUAAGAAGAAGGGCACGUCUGGUUUAAAGCUGAGCAACCUGAUGAACCUUGGGAGGAAGAAAUCUGCCACGCUGGACAGUCCGGAAAGGUCUUUGGAUACGUGUACGUACCUGAAUGUCCUCGUGAACAGCCAGUGGAGAUCUCGGUGGUGUCAUGUGAAAGAUGGGCAGCUCCAUUUCUACCAGGACAAGAACAGAAAUAAAACUGCUCAGCAGCCUCUCAACCUGACGGGCUGUGAAAUUAUCCCAGACCCAACUCCUGAUCAUCUCUACUCAUUCCGUAUCCUGCAUAAUGGAGAGGAGCGGGCCAUGUUAGAGGCCAGGUCUUGUGACGAAAUGGGCCACUGGCUUGGUCUCCUUUUGUCAGAAUCUGGCUCAAAAACAGACCCUGAAGAGCUGACCUAUGAUUAUGUGGACGCUGACAGGGUCUCCUGCAUCGUCAGUGCAGCAAAGAACUCAUUACUCUUAAUGCAGAGGAAGUACUCUGAGCCGAACACUUACAUUGACAACUUGCCAAAGGGGAAGGAGGGACUAGAGGAGCUCUAUGAUGAUGUAGAUGUUCCAGAGGCAACAGCAAUGGAGGAAGUGCCCCCAAAUGAAGGCAAAGAUGAGGGGGAUCAGGACAGAGUCUAUCUAGACCUCACGCCAGUCAAAUCCUUCCUUCAUUCUACUACUACCAAGAAGCAGGACCAGUUUUCCCCAUCCGUUUCUCCAUCGUUGCAAAGAGCUUCCAGUAAGAGCUCAACGGACUCAGAGAGAGACUCCUCCCUGUUGCAUAAAGAAGCAGAUUUGAGUAGAAGAUCACUGGAGAUUCCAGACCCGAGGACUCAAUACAUUGAUGAGCCGCUCCCACCACGAACAACAACCAUCAAAAUUCAGGCACAACAGCAGCAAAUCGCCUUUCCUCAGAGUGGCCCUGAGAUUAAGGAUACCACAACAAUUAUGAUUGCAUCCAAAGAGAAAAUGGAACGCCCCAAGGCGGUGAAUUCAGCAGCUGUAGAAACCAAACUUGGCAAGAACAGGACUGAGGCUGAAGUGAAGCGAUACUCAGAAGAAAGAGAUCGCUUGGAGAGGGAAAAAGAAGAAAUCCGCUCUCAGCUGGCACAGCUACGGAAAGACAGAAGGGAGCUGAAAGAGAUGCUGAUAAGCUGCACAGACAAGAGCCUUUUGCCCACAAUGGAGCAAAAACUGAAGGAAAUAGAGGAGGAGUGCAAAAGGAAAGAAGAUCAGCGCGUGGACUUGGAGCUGAGCCUCAUGGAGGUGAAGGAGAAUCUCCGGAAAGCGGAAUCUGGGCCUGUUACACUUGGCACCGCGGUGGACACCACACACCUAGAGAACGCAAGCCCUAAAAUGAAGGUUGCCAACCCUAUGAAUGGCACAGAAAACUCGCCUGUCAAUUCAGCAAUGGCACUAAAAAACCGGCCUUUAUCUGUCAUGGUCACAGGGAAAGGAACAGUUCUACAGAAAGCUAAGGAAUGGGAGAAGAAAGGUGCUAGUUAGGAAAUCCUAGCACCAAUAAUGGACUCAAUAUUAGAAGUGGCCAUUCAUGGACUACAGGAUUCUCUUGCAAGUAGAGAAUGAGGUAAAACAUGGCCAGCUGUACACCAAGAAAUAAUGGGUGGCCCAGGGUCAGAACCCAACAUGGCCUUCAUCAGACUAAGGAAUUUUCUCCUUUUUUAGCAGAGGAGUGCUGUGCAGCUGAGAGAGUUAACCCAAGUGGAAACCUUGCUUCUAACCCGGCCAAUGUACAUAAUGAUGCCUUUGUGUAUUUCUACUUUGGUGUUUUACUGUUGUCCAAUCCAGGAUUUGUUGUUAGCAAUAGAACAGCAAGGGCUGAAUUCUUGCCAGACCUGUUUAAUGUUCUUUUGAUACACCAGGGCCUGGGGAUCGCGAAGGUAAAUUCAGUUUCCUCAGCUAAAAUCUUGAAAGCUGGUUAAGUAAAUCCAAGGAUCUGUGUCAGACUUUUCUGUUGGAGAAGAGCUGUUGCAACCAAUGGGGAAAAUUUUGGCCAGGGAGACCAAGAGACACAGCUAAAAUGUAUUAUUAUUGUUGAACACAAUGCAGCCUGACUUUCCACAAAAAAUCCUGACCAAAAAACGAGUACAGUUCAGUGGAGGCUCAUUUGUUAGGGCAAAUGGGGUAGCCAGUUCUCACCUGCCUGCCUUCUUACUUACUGGCUGUGAACGUUCUCCUCCUUAGCCUCAGUUCUGGCCUUGUAGAACUCAGGAGGAUGGGGACACAACUUAAAAUUAGUUGGCUAUGUCUUUCAUUGGCUCUGGCGCCACCUACUGUUGGCCUCCCAUCCAACUAGUCCCAGUGGGUGACAACCACUGCUACAGCUUCUUAAUUUUCAAUGUUUAAUGCUUGUACAAGGAGAGCCUGGGCUUUUUUCAGCUGGAACUCAGUUCCAGCACCUCUCAGGUGGGUGCCAUUCCAAGAGAACAAGGGAGGUGUUCUUGGUGAGUUCCAGCAUCACUUUUUCUAGAAAAAUAGCACUGAGAAGAACUUUAUCAGUUGUUGGCACAAGAGCAAUACACUGGGUUCAUAGGUGACUAGACAUUCUAAUACCGACAGACAACUCCUAUGAUUAAGAAGGGCUUUCCAGUGGGCAUCAGUAGCAGAGAUAUCUCAUUAUGACUAAGGAUCUACACUAAAUGCUAUAGAUUAGAGGCUGGGAAGUUAAGUCUUUGUGGACUGGGGACCAGAAAGUCAUUUAACGUAAUUCUUAAGUCGCUGCAUAUGUCAUUUGAGGAAUAAAGGGGUGGAACCUUCUGUCCUAGCUUCCGAAAUGUGGGGUGAUUUGAAUGCACUUUAGUGACUCUGGAAUGCUUCAGGUUAAUAAUACACAUGUAAUAGUAGUGUGUAGGAACAGAUGCCACAUUAUUAUAUUCUGCACAAUAGUUGGCAUACUGGAUGGAAGUUAAGUGCACAAAAAACGAAAGAGAAUUUGUUUACCCAAGUAUGGUGAAUUUAAUCACCCAAACAUUUGGAAGAGUGGGGAAUUCCCCCCUUACCCUUGAACAUAUUCUUAUCAUUCUGUUUUCUGUAAACAAAAGUAUAAUUAGACCAAGGUAGAACUUGACUGAGUUCCCCAAACGCAAGGAGAUUAAAUUAUGUAUAUGUGGCAGAGUUAGGUGUGGGCUCUGUGCCAAAAAUGUCAGGGUCCUGAAUUUUAACCUUGAAUAUGAAUAAUUUUUCAAAGCUAGCUGUAUACAAAGGAAAGAAAUUUUUUUUUAAAUUGUUUGUGUUAACACAGUACUAAAUGCUGUAAAGACCACAGGUGCUUGAGCUCAGUAGUCUUGCCAUCCAAGGGCCUUUUCAGAUGAACAUUUUCUUGUGCAAUAAAUGUGCACUCCUGGUGGCCAGUCGCUGCAGGCUCUCCCAACAUCUUUCCCCAAACUACCAAGUUUAUUAUGGCAAAGCAGCUCCCCCCCCCCCUCAGCAGUAGAAACAAUAUUUGCCCCUGGAGAAAUACUGAUAACAUAGGGCAGUGUAGAGCAGUUGGUGUACUUUGAUUUAAUUAACUGCUGUGACUUCUAGGCAUCGAGUGAUUUCUGCUCUACUAUUUCACUGGGAGUUCUCUUAUCGCUCCAGAAAUAGGUGGUGGGGUGGAAAGGAAUAUUCACACAGGAUUUUUCAUCCCACACCAGCCCUCUGCCAUUUGUAAACCAUCUCUCUCCCCCCACCCCACCCCUUUAGCUCCAAGUUUCCUUGAUUUCAUCGAGUCAAGUAUGUACCUAAGCAGGUACCCCGACAAUAAGAAUUUGCUGUUUAACCACAUUUACUUUCUUAGUAUAUACCCCAUUGACUUGUACCUGGUCAGCAUGCAUAGGAUUGUAGUCUUAGAAGUACUUAAUGCUGGCUGGAUCAUUGGGGAGCAGGGCAUCAAUUGGAAAGGCCAGAAACUCACAAGAAGGGCACAAACCCCUAGAUCUGAGUGUACAUUUUCUCCCUUCUUCUUUUGAGAGUUUCUCCUUUCUUCUUUUGAGGGGGAAGCAAUCUCCAGAGGGUUUCUUCAUAUCAACAGUUUUUUAAGUUUGCAGACAAUAUAUCAUUUAAGCUAAAAAGCCAACUGUGUAAUGUAAUCACCGUGUAUUUUUUUAAAAAACCAGGCUUUUUAAAACCACAGUAUAAGCAUAUCCACUAUCCAGCAACAUUGCACAGGUCUGUCUGAAAGAGCUACACCAUGUGUGCCACCAUUCUGAAAGCAACAGGUAUUGCCAUCAUUUGUCUUACAAAGAGCAUCCACAGUUCUUGAAGUAAUGGGUCGACAUUGACCCUAGGAAUUAAUUGUGCCAGUGUGUGCACUAUCACUGCCAUUGUACAUGUCCUGUGGUGUCUGUACUGCAUUUGUCUCUCGGUGCUGUUGCAAGUUAAGAUGGGGGAAUAAGGGCAGGGAAAGAGGCAGAGGGGCCAAUAAAGUUUUGGUCCUCAGAUGCCCUGACAAACUGGAAGCAUCAAUGGGGAAGGUGCCAGAGGUCUAUGCAUUGUCUCUUUCGCCACAGAUCUCUUCCUGACACACAGUGCUGUGUCUCCUCCACCUCAACACUAUAGCUGAUAGUGGUGGGGGGGUCAGGGACACAGAAAUUCAAUAUGUAAAGCAGGCAGUUUCAGACCCAAAGCAUUCAUUUAACUAACCAUAGAAUGAAGUUGUUACUGUGUUCCUAGCUAAAAAUACUUUCUAUUUGUUGUACAUGUGUCUUUUUCAAUCCGUUGCUAUUUUAGAAAACUUUUUUUUAAAAUAAAGAAAAAGGUUGGCUA